GUGCACUUCAAAAGCUCUCUAGAUAUAUUUUUAUCACGUUAACAUUGGUCAUCAAGCUAUCAAGCAACGUGGUGGGGAGAUUAAUAACGAAACACACGACAGUUUUGUGCGCACCGCCCCGUUAACUGCUUGCAACUAAACGUCAAUUGGGCGGCCCAUUUAGCUUGUCACUUAAAGCUUUUGAGGUAGCAUCUUUCAGAUUCGGGGCGUUGGACCAAAAAUGAUAGUCGUAUGAUAAACAGUCACGACAAAAUAAUUGAAUUUGGUUCCGUUGUUCCAUGGACAGUGCGGUAAACAACGCUGACAUGAGUCAGUUGUUGAAGAAGUGCAGUACAAAUUAGGAAUAAUGUUGCGUUAGACAAGAAGUAUUAAUUACUUGAGAAAUUGUUCCAAAGAGCAAUGGAAGAUGAACAGCCGGCUAGAGAAGCUAACAAAAUUUGUGGAGUGUGUGGUGAUCGUGCGCUUGGUUACAAUUUUAACGCGGUGUCAUGCGAAAGCUGUAAGGCUUUCUUCAGAAGAAAUGCUUUGAAAAAUAAGGAUUUCAGAUGUCCCUUUACACAAAACUGUAAUAUUACUCCAGUAACCAGACGUUUCUGUCAGAAAUGUCGCUUAGACAAAUGUUUUAGUAUAGGUAUGAGAAAAGAGUAUAUUAUGUCAGAAGAAGAUAAGGUAUUGAAGAGACAAAAGAUAGAACAAAAUCGUGCAAAAAAACGACCUACUUUGGAUAAUUCUAAACCAUCAAAAACAAAAAAGGGUUGUAUAGAUGAAUGUACCUUUGAUGACACUUCUAUGUCAAUUAACUCAGUUGCAUCGACUGUAUCGGAUACAUAUUUCUGGGAAUCUGAUAGAAAAUAUACAGACUUAGAUGCAAACAGACAAACUGCAACAAAAAGUUUAAGCCCAGUAACAGCUGCAAGUGUUCCAAGUCCUUCUAGUCCUCCAGAAAACGGAACUAUAAGUGGAUCGAAAACUCUUGACAUGAUGAAGAACUCUUCCCAUAAUUGCAAUUCUAAUGUAGAGAAUUAUGAUCAUUCCUCUUCGCAACACGAAGAAAAUGAAACAGAUGUGGAAAGAUUAAGAGUCGAUUCAGAUUCUCCCAUAGAAAGUCAACAAAGAUUUGAUAAGCUCAAAUCUGUCCCUUAUCAUUUAGAAAAGGAUAAUAAGUCUGUAAUAAGCUCAAGAAGGUUUGAACAAAACACUUUAGAUUUAAAUUCAGAUUUUGAUUCUACCAAUAGUGAAUCAUUAAAAUAUUCUCCUGAAUUUGAUAGUGCAUCGUGUUACAAUAAAUUUGAUCAUAGUCCCAUACAGAAUUCCCCAUACAGUAACCAUAUGUUACAUUCUAGAAGAAUGAAUCUGGACAUAACUUCAGAAUUGCAUACAGGUAUGCAAACUUGUACAGAAGACUCAGAAACAUGUCAGAAAUCAAGUAAAGAAACAUGUCCACGAGAAAAUUCAGUUACUAAAUCUAGCCAAGAUCCUACUAUAAUUGUAAAGCUUGUUAAUAAUUCCAACUUCAUUACAAAAAUAUUUCAAAAUGAAGAAUUGCUUCUAAAGAUUAUGUCAGACCCUGCUGUUAUUAGUAAAUUAGAGGCAGAUCCUGAAAUUUCACAGUUUUUCAAGGAAGAUAAAGCUAUUGUGGAAAAAGAGUCUUUACCCGAGAACAAGAUAAACCUUUAUUAUAAAAAUGAUUUAAAAUCUAGUAUUCCAAAUCAUAAAUUUAAGCCGGCAUUCAAAAUGAAACAGAGACAUAUAGAAAAUCCAAUUUUGACAGAUUUAAUUACAAGUUGUAAUCAAGAAGAAUGUUUAAAGCAACGCGACGAACCUAGUAGUAGUAGCGAUUGGAAUAAAAACGUAACAGAUGUUACGAGAGACGUGCUUCAAGAUGUACAGAGAGUACCAAUUGUUGCAAACUCCAUUGAAUCAAUUCUUUGUGAAGCAAUUAAACUAGAAUUUUCAGCGUAUUCUGCUCUUGGUGGCAUGGAGACCAGAAGAGAAUUAAAUGAUGCUGAAAGAGCAAAAUUAAAUGAAUUAAUAGUGGCUAAUAAAGCAUUAUUAGCUCCUUUAGAUGACGAUAUAACAAAUUUAAUUGGGGAAGAUUGUAAAUUUAAGAAUAAUUUCGGUCGAUCGGACCCAGCGUUAUUGGACGUUAUAAAUCUAACAGCCAUCGCUAUUAGACGCUUAAUAAAGAUGGCGAAGAAAAUAAAUGCCUUUAAAAACAUGUGUCAAGAAGAUCAGAUAGCUUUGUUAAAAGGCGGAUGCACAGAAAUGAUGAUUCUUAGAUCGGCGCUCAGUUACGACGCUGAAAAAGAUAUGUGGUGCAUUCCGCACAGUCAAGAAAGCAUGUCAAAUAUAAAAGUAGAUAUUUUAAAAGAAGCGAAAGGAAACCUCUAUGCCGAGCAUACGAGGUUUCUCAGAAAUUUUGAUUCAAGGUGGAGGGAUGAGAAUAUUAUCUUAAUUUUAAGUGCAAUUGCUUUAUUUACACCUGAUAGGCCAAAAGUGGUGCAUAAUGAUGUUAUCAAAUUAGAACAAAAUUCUUAUUAUUAUUUGCUCAGACGUUACUUGGAAAGUAUAUACCCUGGGUGCGAGGCCAAAUCCAUGUUUCUAAAAUUAAUCCAGAAGAUCUCUGAUCUUCAUAGACUGAACAACGAAGUUGUUGGAGUUUACCUUAACUUGAAUCCAUCAAGAGUAGAGCCAUUGCUUAUAGAAAUAUUUGAUUUGAAACAUUGAAGUUCGUUCGAUGUACAUAAUACAAAAAGGUUAAUCUCGGAACUUUCCUGAUUAACACUUCUUUAAAUAGCAAAGUUAAAAACAUGCUGUUAUAGCUUUAUUGCAUGUGUGUAUAACGUGUCGUAAUAACAUUUUAAAGAACUUGUACAAAUUGUAUGAAAUCAGAGUUUAUGAUUGGGAGUACCUAUACGCAGUUUAUGUAUAUAAAGGAUCGAGUUGUAUAAAUGAAUCUAUAGAAAGAAAUUUAAUUGUACCAGAUUUUAUGUUUAAAUGAAAUCAUGUUGAAAUAUCUGUAAAAAUUAGUGAGUUAAUUCCUACAUAGAAUACGAAAAAGUUUAUUGUAAUUAGAAGAGUCUUCGCUUGUAAAAUAUGAACAUAAGCGUUGAGAACAUUGACGCAUUGCACUUCAUGACAGCCAGAGAUUAUACAAAAAAGUAUUUCGUCGUGUUGUGUCAAUUUGUCUAUGUGUCGGGGAUAAAUACAUACAAAUAGUGUAUUAACAUAAUAAUGAUUGUUGAAAACAUUAUGUAUAUUUUGACGAAUGUACCUUAAACUGUUAUACCUAAAGAAAGAGUACUUGUUGUACAUACUUAUGCCAAGUUCUAUAUUCAUGUUCAAUGAAAGGAAAAUAUUUCUUUAUUUCAAAAAAGAAGUAAAGAUAUUGAGUGAUUAAAAUAAACAUGAAAUCAGUUCUUUAUAUAAAAUACUAGAAAAAUUGUGCGGUAUAAUCCGAGCAAUGUGCGUUCACAUUACGAAGAUUAAAAUGUACACAAUAAAUUGUGAUAUAAUGUUAAAAUAUAUUUUUCAAAUACUUGUUA